AUGCUCAAGAACUUAUUAGAAAUAUUUGGUUCACUAUACACUCCUCCUUAUCAGUCUGCUAAUGAUGACGAUACAUUAGGAUUUGAAAAAAAAUCACUUCCUCAUAAUAUUGAUAAAUCAGUAACGUAUGAUAGAUUUAUUCCAAAUAAUACAAAUGGCCAGCAAUUCCUGCACAGAAAUAUCAGGACUGGAAAGGACCUGAAUAGUCCUGAACAAGAAUAUCAAAAGGAAUUGGCAUGUGCAUAUGGAUUGGCAAUUGAUAAGAAUAUAUUGGAAUUUAAGGUUGAACAUCAUCAACCUAAUAACCAUUAUCAAAAAAUUGAUCAAUUAAACCAAAUUUACAAUUGUCAACCAGAGUCAUCAUGUAUCAAAAAACGCAUAAUACCAACAAGCCCUGAAUAUACACUUGAUGUACUAGGAGUGAUUGAUGACUAUUACUUAAAUAUAUUGGAUUGGAGUAACCAAAAUAUAGUGGCAGUUGGAAUAGAUAAAAGAGUUUAUUUGUGGGAUAUAAUAACUGAUGAGUUGUCAGCAAUUACUAUAAUUAGAAGUGGUACUAAUACUAUUUCAAGUCUUUCAUGGUCUGAAGAUGGUGAUCAUCUUGCUGUGGGAUUGAAUGAUGGCAAUAUUGAAAUAUGGAAUAUUUGGAGUGUUCAAAAGAUUAGAUCAAUGAAUGGUCAUACUACUCGUGUAGGUGUUAUGACAUGGAAUAAACAUAUUAUUGCUUCAGGAUGUAGGGAUGGUAGUAUUUGGAAACAUGAUAUUAGACUUGCACAACAUAAAUUUGGAGAAAUGCACAAUCAUAAUAGAGAAGUUUGUGGUUUGAAAUGGAGAAGUGAUGGUGAACAAUUGGCUAGUGGAGGUGAUGACUGUAAAGUUAAUAUUUGGGAUGCAAAAUCAAGCAUUCCAAAGUUUACUAAAACUGACCAUAAAGCUGCUGCAAUUGCAUGGAGCCCUUGGCAAAGAAAUUUGCUUGCAACAGGUGGAGGAAUAGCAGAUCAACAAAUUUAUUUCUGGAAUACAGAUACAUCAUUGCAAUUGAAAUCAAUUAAUACUCAAUCACAGGUUACAUCAAUUGUUUGGUCAAAUCACUACAAUGAAGUAUUAUCAACUCAUGGAGAUCCAAAUUUCCAAUUUACAAUCUGGAAAUAUCCUUCACUAAAGAAAAUUAUUGAUGUUAAGCAUGCACAUUCAGAUUGUAUUUUACACUCAGCUUUGAGCCCUGGGGGAGAAAUUGUAGCAACUUUAGGUGAUGAGUGUUUGAAAUUUUGGCGUGUAUUUCAAAAACAAAGAAAAAUCAAGAAUUUAAUUAGAUAA